AUGGCGGAGGUGACUGGAGCUUCGGCGACGGGAAGCAACCUUCUGUCUCGCAUUCAGGGCUUGUUUGAGAUUCGAAACGAAGGCGUCACUGCCAAGACGGCGGCUUUCAUCAGGACGCAGUCCGAGGAGAUGCAGCAGCUUCGCCCAGAUGUCGGCGUGACCAUGAACUACAUGGAGCCCAAGAUCAACGAGAGCGUGCUCGUCGCUGCGGGCCACGACAUGUCCGCCACGAACCAUGGGGCCAGCGGGCACCGGGGAAUGAUCAACCUCUAUGGCGACGCCGACAAUUGGGAGAUCGGGGCGGUGAUCUACAUCAGAGGGAAUGAGAUGGCGGGCUGGUCCUUCGACCCCAACCUCGUGAACUGCCGCGUCUGGCAGCUGAGUGGCGAGGCGGUCCUGCAAGCGAUCGCGACGGCCACCGCCGAGGCCAACGACCCGACACUUGACCGCGUGUAUUCGGGCAUCUUCAGGACUCUCAUGGCUGACCUUACCAUGAGUGCAUCGGUGACAGGGGGACUGCCGAACGCCCAGCGCUCCGACCACGUCCCUGCCAUGACGAUCUAUGAUGUGUUCGUGGCUGGCGCGACCCCCUGGGGAGAGAUCCUGAACUGCACCCAGAAGGCCACUGAUCUUUCGGACAAGUCCUGGAUGAUGAACUUCGAAGGUGUAAUUGUGAACCUCGAGAGUCUGAUCCGCGACCGUUCCUGUCCAAGAUUGAAAAGCUUGUUGUUCCGCUGGAUGGGCAGAGGCCCCCACGGGGAGACAACGCAGAGCACCCCGCCAGCGCACGGGGCGCCCACGGAGGCGCCCACGGGGCGCACGCCAGCCGAACAAAAAGUGCGGCAGACCCCGCCGGCGCAGGGGGGCGCCCUGCCGACGGUGCCCGCGGGCGCUCCCCGGGCCAGCCCUGUGAUCCAGCUCUACUCGACGCAGGGCCUCGAGGCCGGCCAGGUCCAGCGGCUGCUGAAGAGCGUUCAGGAUGUCGGGGUGCCCGCGGCAGCCUUCGCCACGGAGUUCUGCUUCAACGUUGCUUCCGGCGCACCCCUGAGCGGAGACGACAUGGCCAAGGUGAAGUGGUGCCUGGCCGAGGGGGGCCACGCCAUCUCUGCAGAGACUCGCCUCCGUCCCACCGGGCACGACUUCGUUGUCGAGGUUGGCCCGCGGAUGAACUUCACCACCGCCUGGAGCACGAACUGCGUCUCGGUGCUGCGGGCGGCAGAGGUGGAGUCAGUUUCGCGUCUGGAGCGCUCUCGCCGAUUUCUGGUAUCCUCGACGUCGCCACUUUCGACUCAGGAGAAGGCGACGCUGAUCAGUGUGAUCCACGACAGGAUGACGGAGAUGGUGUACCCGACCCCCAUCGUGUCUUUCGAGAGCGGCAUGGUCCCCAAGCCUGUGCAAUCGGUUCCCGUGUUGAAGGAUGGAAGAGCUGCGCUGGAGGAGAUCAACAGGGAGUUGGGUCUCGGCUUCGACGAUUGGGACUACGAGUAUUAUUUGAACCUCUUCGUCAAUGACCUUAAGCGCGACCCCACGGACUGCGAGCUCUUCGACCUGGCCCAGUCCAACUCGGAGCAUUCGCGUCAUUGGUUCUUCGGGGGCAAGAUGGUCAUCGACGGCCAGGAAAAGGAGGAGUCACUCUUCAAGAUCGUCAAGGACACACUCAACAAGAACCCCAACGCCAACAACAACAGCGUGAUCGCGUUCCACGACAACAGCUCGAGCAUCGUCGGUGCGAGGGUGCCUAUGCUCCUGCCCUCCUACUACCUCGAGAAGGAGGGAGAACCGGGUAAGCCGUGCGCGUACACGCAAGCGGACGUCGAUAUGGACUUGCUCCUCACGUGCGAGACGCACAACAUGCCGACGGGCAUCUGCCCUUUCAACGGCGCCGAGACGGGCACCGGGGGUCGCCUUCGCGACGUGCAGGCCACAGGCAUCGGAGGAUCGUACGUCGCUGGCACUAUCGGGUACUGCGUGGGCGCGCUGAACCUGCCGCAUGACAAGAAGCCUUACGAGGACCCGAGCUGGAACUAUCCUUCUUCAAUGGCCAGCCCCGCCAGAAUCCUCAUCGAGGGCUCCAACGGAUGCAGCGACUAUGGUAACAAGUUCGGGGAGCCCCUCAUCCUCGGCUUCUGCCGCUCUUUCGGGCUGCGCACCGCUGGAGGAGAGCGCCGUGAGUGGAUCAAGCCUAUUUUGUUCACCGGGGGCUUUGGGCAGAUGGACAGCAAGCACAGGAAGAAGUUGGACCCCGACGUCGGCAUGAAGGUCGUGAAGAUAGGCGGGCCCGCAUACCGCAUCGGCAUGGGCGGCGGCUCCGCUUCCUCCAGGGCAGACGGUGACUCCCGCUCCGACCUGGACUUCAACGCGGUGCAGCGCGGCGACGCGGAGAUGGAGCAGAAAAUGAACCGCGUGAUCCGGGCUUGCUGCGAGCUGGGCGAGCGCAACCCUUUCGUCCAGCUGCACGACCAGGGCUGCGGCGGGAACUGCAACGUGCUGAAGGAGGUCCUCGACCCGAUCGGCGGGCAGAUCGACAUCCGCGAGAUCGUCCUGGGGGACCCCACCAUGUCGGUGCUGGAGAUUUGGGGCGCCGAGUAUCAGGAGAGCAACUGCUGCCUGGUCCGCGAGGAGUCUCUGCCGCUCCUGAAGCAGAUCGCCCAGCGCGAGCGCUCCUGCGUCACCGCCGUCGGCACCAUCACGGGCGACGGCACGUGCACCGUGCUCGACCGAGUGGACGGUUCCGUGCCGGUGCAGCUGCCGCUGAGGCAGGUGCUCGGCAAGCUACCCCCGAAGACCUUCAGGUCGAACCGUGCAGACCUCGCGCCUGCGGCAGACCCGCCAGGCAUCGCCCGCGCGCUCUUCGGCCGGCAGGACGCGACCGCCCUGCCCGUCACCCUGGAUCUGGUGCUGUCGAACGUCACCGUGGGCUCCAAGAGGUUCCUGACCAACAAGGUGGACCGCAGCGUCACGGGGCUCGUCGCGAGGCAGCAGUGCGUCGGGCCCCUGCUGACGCCACUCGCCGACUGCGCGGUGAUCGCGCACUCGAUGCUGACCCCGGACGGCGUGCCCGUGAGGGGCGGCGUGACCGCCAUCGGCGAGCAGCCCAUCAAGGGCCUCCUCUCCGGCGCCGCGAACGCGCGCAUGUCUGUCGGCGAGGCGCUCACGAACAUCGUCUGGGCCAAGUGCACAGCACUGGGCGACAUCUCGGGGUGCUCUGGCAACUGGAUGUGGGCCAGCAAGCUCCCGGGAGAGGGUGCCCUGAUGUACGACACGGCGCUCGCGCUGCGCGAGGUGAUGCACACCCUCGGCGUGUGCAUCGACGGCGGCAAGGACUCGCUGUCGAUGUUCGCCCGUACGGACACGAAGGAGUUGGUGAAGGCCCCUGGGGAGCUCACCAUCUCGCUGUACUGCAGCUGCCCCGACGUGACGAUGACCGUCACGCCAGACCUCAAGCGCCCGGCGCCCGAGCGGCAUUGCUGCUGCUGGUGCAGAUCGCGGGGCCCACCUCGGCGCGCACGGGCGGCUCGGUGGCCGCUGCUUGCUUCGGCCGCCUCGGGGACACGCCAGCGGACUGCGAGCCGCAGGUAG